AUGUUGGACUUACUCUCUCGGGUAAUGGUCACUGUGAUGACAAUGAUGUGUUUUGUUGGUAUUGUGACCAACUUCCUUUCUCUAUACAUCUACACCCGAAAGACAUUCCGAAAGAAGAGCAUCAACGUGUUGCUCUCCGCUCUUUCAGCCACUGAUCUCAGUGUAUGUCUUCUUGCGAUUCCAGUAUUCGCAAGUACUCAAUUACAACAAUGGAUACCUCCAGAGGUCACUGCAAUGAUAAUGGUUUAUUUGUAUCCAGUGACUAUCAUGUUCCAAUCAAUGUCCGUAUGGCUGCUGGUAUCUAUCACAAUUGAUCGAUACCUUGCUGUAUGUCAUCCAUUCAUGGUCAACACUUACUGUACCAAAAACCGAGCACUGGUUACUGUAGGAGUUGUGGUACUGUUCAGUUCGGCAUAUAAUGCAGUUCGAUUCUGGGAAUACACAAUCAAUUUCGAUGUAGCCCCAGAGAACAGAACUGUCGAACAAAUGGUUAAACCGAUGCUCCGAUCGAAUCCCUAUUUUCUUCUUUGGUAUCAGAAUGUGGCGACGAUGGUUUCGCAAUUUGCAUUUCCACUCGUCAUGCUUUGUGUUCUGAAUAUUCAAGUAGCCCGAACUAUAAUCGAAGCAUCUGAGCAACGGCGAGAACUGGUUGCCAGUGUAAAACGGGAGCAUUCAACUGCAAAAAUGAUGAUUAUGGUUGUUAUAGUGUUCCUCGUCUGCUACAUCUUCUCCUUCAUCCUAAACAUCACUGAAAUUUAUUACGAAGAAAUAUUCUCGAGUCCAUUCGGAUAUUUCUUGAAUGAUAUAAAUAAUGUAUUAGUAGUUGUCAAUUCGUCAUGUGCAUUCAUUUUCUAUUACAAAUAUUCUACAAGAUUCCGGAAUCAAGCACGAACACUGCCAGGUAUCCGGUGGUUCGCCAGUAUGUCAAAAUUCAAUGUUUAUGAUACUGAAGUGACACCGAAUCGUUCAAUGACAACUAGAUAUAAAGAAUCGAUAAUCACAAUAAGAGGGACAUCAUCUUCUCGUUUGAGUAGUUCACAUAAUUUGUUGUACAAGCCAAGUUAUUCAAAAGCAUGUGAUAUUUAG